AGGUAACCAAAGACAUUGGAACAACUUGGGGCCAUAAGUGCCGAUGAACGCAGUCCAGUCACGGUCAUUAUUGUUGGUUUUAUUUCCAAACACGUUCGUCUCGACCCGGCGACCUUAGGACUUAGUCGAGGUUAACAUGGUCAUCUUGCCAGGAUGGCCCGGUGUUCUCUUUCCUUUAGCUCAUUCCUUUAUGUACGGAGGCAUACAGCUCGCUGAAGCUAUGCUGCACCGGGUUGUCAGCCAGUUCUGGUCCAUGGGUUCGUUCAGAAGACCGGGUUUUGAACUUACAUGUGAAAAGUGUUCAUGUAUUUUUGCGCUGCACAAGUAUGUACUGUACAUACAUAUGCCGGACAAAAUGACAACGGACUCAAGGCUUUGCCUUCCAUGUUUCUGUUUCCCUCAUCUUGAUUUGUAUUUUUUUUGUGGGUGCAUGGCAGGUUUUGAACGAUGCCACGAGGGCCAGGGGGACAGGGGUAUCGGGCCAAAUUACCAGCUUUUUGGAGAUCUAUCUCGGCGGACUGGUGUCUCAGCGUCAUAGAAACUAUUAAGUAUGAGAUUCCCAGUCAGGGUGGCUGCAUUCGUCUCAUGAUGAUUACUAUGAUGGUUUUGGUAACAUUUUUCGCUGCAAUCGCUGAUCUUGUUUAAAAAUAGCGCAGGGAGGCUUGCGGAAGAGGAGGUUGCUGCACUAGCUUGUGACUGGUGAGGGGGGAAAUACCUCUGAGGGAAGGUGAUGUCAUGCCCUUUGUAAAAUCUUCACGGAACAUGUUCAAGCGGGAUGUUUUCUUGGCUGGUUUCCUGAAAUAACCAGGUAUUUUCAUACAUCGCUUGAAUAGUGUAUAGUUUGAUUCUGAAUGCCAUGAAAAGUACUCCGUAGCACUACUUCAAACUGCUACAGGGAACUGUUAAAUUUGGGGAGUGUUUUUCGCACGAAGCAAACUGAAGUAGUUAAAGCCCAGUCACUGAAGUUCACCUAAUUAGCAGAAGGGGACCACUCUGUCAUGAUUGUCACUGUGGUUGGUGAAGCUCAUCCUUCCCUGCAUCGGCCAAGGCGGCGCUUUUUCUGGCAUGCCUUUUUGUAUUUGGAUAUGAUGUGGAGCUUAAGUGCUAGUUUAUUAAGCAUCCGUCAUCCCGAUCCAGCUCGCUCGAUUGACGACGGGCCAAAGAGGAUCAAGCAAUUGCCCAGGGGUUGGAGAAAAUUUUCUGAUGCCAAGUCAGACUAUCAAAACCAGAUAAAAGGGUCUCAGCUGCAGGGUCCGGAAGGAUCAUUAGCCACAAGAAGAUCUCCAGUAGAGGAUAAGGGCGACUAUGGCGGCUUCUUCCAGUCUGUCUCCAUUCUGGCCAAGGUUCCACUGCAAGAUUUUGGAAGCGCCAGUUACGGGGGCGAAUUAGCCCAAGUGAACCCUGUAAACUGUUCAGCCGUACGAGUUCUUAUUACGGGAUGUUCUGAAGGACUACCAGCUCUGAUGCACAAUAUUUCGGCUGUAGUAGCUGGCUUUGGUUUAAAGAGAGAAGUUCUCCAUGCCCGAGAAGCGCUUGGCUGGAAAAUCCAACGUGUGGGAAAUAUCCGAUUCGAACAUGGCUCUGGCUUGAUCCUGUCUUCCUUGAAAACUCGGCACAGCUGUGUUCACUCCAAUAAGAUACCGAACCUGUGCGGUCCGACCAGAAAAUCUGCAGUUUCCAUCGGUACAUGUACCAAGACAGCGUCGUCCUCAACCAUGUAG